AUGAAUUUCGAAUAUCCUCCUGACCUGGUCGCCCAUCUCGCCUCCCUCGACUCCUUCAUCCGCUCCACCAUCCUCCCCCUCCAGCACCAAGACGACAACAACCGCUUCUUCGACCACCGCCGCGAGUAUGCCCGAACAAACUGGGAAAAAGGCGGCCUGCCGCGCAAAGAAUGGGAGGAGCUCCUAAACAAAGCCCGUGUCCUCGCUGACGCCGCUGGAUUCUACCGCUUCGCCCUCCCCAAGAUCUACGGCGGGACAUCGCACCCCCGUACAAACCUUUAUAUGUCCGCAAUUCGCUUCCAUCUGGCCUCGCACCCUGUCUACGGAGGCGGCCUGGGCCUCGCAAACGACCUGCAGAAUGAGCACAGCAUAGUCGGCAAUUUUCCCGACCUGUUCAUGUUGCACCAUUUCGGGUCCGAGGAACAGAAACGCACACUGAUACCCGCCCGACUCUGCGGUGAAUUCCGAACGACAUUCGGCCUCACCGAACCCGAUCACGGUAGCGACGCGACGUUCAUGUCGACCGUUGCCCAGCGCAAGCGCAACAGUGACGGUGUGGAAGGAUGGGAGAUCAACGGGAGCAAGAAAUGGCAGACGGGGGCGCACCACUGUACGCAUAUGAUCAUCUUCGCGCGGACGAGCGGUGAAUCGGGAUCGGCGCGCGGUAUAACAGCGUUCCUUGUCCCAGCCCACACCAAAGGGAUCGAGGUUACGAGCUACGAGUGGACGUUCAAUAUGCCGACGGACCAUGCGACUGUGACCCUGAAUGGCGUCUUUGUCCCCCACAGCGCCAUCCUAGGGAAGCUGGAUAACGGCCUCGCAAUUGCGCAGACGUUCGUUCAUGAGAACCGCAUCCGACAAGCGGCGAGUUCGUGCGGCGCCGCAAAAUACUGUCUUGACAGGGCGAUUGAGCGUGCGAAUUCGAGAACCAUCUGGGGCGAGGGGCGGAAGUUGUCUGAGCACCAGGGCAUUCAGUUCCCAGUUGUGGAGCUCAUGACCCAAGUCGAGAUGUUAAGGCUGCUGAUUCUGCGCACGAGCGUGCGGAUGGACGAUAUUGUGUCUGAGUGUGAGAAGACGGGCGGUAAGGAUGUGCCCUGGGUCCGGAUUGAAAAGGAGUUGAGCGGGGAGGUUGCCAUGUGCAAUUACUGGGCCAAUCGGUUGGCGUGUCAGGCGGCAGACCGGGCGAUUCAGAUUCAUGGCGGCGACGGCUACUCAAGACAUUACCCCUUCGAGCACAUCUACCGGCAUUUCAGAAGAUAUCGUAUUACGGAGGGGUCAGAGGAGAUCCAGAUACGUAAGGUGGCAGCUUACUUGUUUGGUGUGAAGGGGAAGGGUAGUAAGCAGCCACAGGGAGAGAACGAAAAGGGAAAGUUGUAA